UGCUGAUGCCAUGUUGCUGCUCAAGCUCCCAUUUUUUUUGAUAAUUUGUUAUGGAGGUAGAGGAAGGACAUAAGUGUAAUUUUCAAUAGGAAGGUGAGUUAGAAUUAGAAGCGGCUUUUGCUCAACUCGCGCGUGAUUUGCGUUUUCCUUUGCUUUCUUCCCCAGCACAACUCAACAGAGCAUAAGGCAAUAUGGUCUGAAGCCACAAUUGUUCAAGAGAGAUGGGCAGAAGGAAGCAAUCCCGUCCACAUCGAUCCGGUGCAUUACUUGUACCAAACAAUGGUGCUGCUGAACCAGAGUUUGACAAACAAAAAGCAUCUCAGACUCACACAUCACCAAAUGGGGAUUUUGUUCCUGCUCAUACACCUUAUUUUGUGGAAGUUGAUUCCACUAAUUGGCCUUCAAAUGACCACUUUGAUAUAGCUGAACUCAUCUUAAAUGAUUUUAGUUUAAGAGAAUCAUAUUCUAGUUUCAGGAUAGACUCACAAUUUUAUCAUGAAUCUAAGUAUUCCUUGAGGUUUCGAGUGCGCUAUACUGAUGAAUUUGUCAUCACUCGUAUCAAAUUAGGUCAUUGGCCUGUGCUUUCCUCCUCUGGUAUAUCUUUAGAAUGUAUUGAUAAAUCUAUGGUUGAAGAUAAAGAGACGCAAUCAGUAAUUUUUUCUGGAAGCUUUGAUGGACCAGACGAGGGUAUUACUGCUCUCGUUCACUUGAUUAGUUUAGAAUUUUUGACUUUGAGGCCAGUUUUGGGGUUUAAUUGUUCUGAGGAGAUGAUGUCUCUCAGAGUGAGAGUUGAGAUACUUAAGAAAGCAUUUAGUGCCGGCGAGUCCCUUCUGGAACAUACCAGGCAACUAUGGAUGAAAAGUAUGAUGAAUUUAAUGGCCUGGUUGCGACCAGAGGUAGUCACUUCAGAGGCUAGGUAUGGAGUUACUCAAUCUACACAAAUGGAAGUUGUCUCGCUUGGAGAGGUGGGGAUGGAUAUGAGCAACUCCAGGAAACGUGCUAGAUUCGAUGUUGCUGGGUUCUAUGAAGCCAUCAAGCCAUUGAAGUCUAAUCCAAUGCUUGAUGAUGACCUGCCUGACUUACUCCCUAUGUUGAGACCAUAUCAGCGCCGUGCUGCUUACUGGAUGUUACAACAAGAGAGAGGAGAUUCAAAAGAUUUAAGCAAAAAGGAGAGAAGUCACUUCUUUUCUCCCCUGUGCAUGCCCGUGGAUUUUGUUGAUGGUCAUUCAACAAUGUUCUAUAAUCCAUUCAGUGGCAAUGUUUCAUUGUGCCCAGAUAUUUCUUCACCGUGUAUUUUUGGUGGUAUUCUUGCUGAUGAGAUGGGUUUGGGUAAGACUGUUGAACUGCUUGCUUGUGUAUUUGCUCAUCGGAAGUCAGAGUCUGAGGAUGACAUCUUCAUUGAUAAUGCAUGGGAAGAUACUGGACACCAGAAAGUUGGACUUAAAAGGUUGAAAAAAGAGCGUGUUGAGUGCAUAUGUGGAGCUGUGAGUGAAAGUUAUAAAUAUAAAGGACUAUGGGUACAGUGUGACGUUUGUGAUGCUUGGCAACAUGCAGAUUGUGUUGGUUAUUCUGCCAAGGGGAAAAAGAAAAGGUCAGCAGUCGAGGUACAAAAACAUAGAAAGAAAACUACAGUCAACUUUGUUGAGAGAGAUGGAGAGCAUGUUUGUAGGAUGUGCUCUGAAUUGAUACAAGCUACUGACUCUCCCAUAGACACCGGAGCCACUCUUAUUGUCUGUCCUGCUCCUAUAUUGCCCCAGUGGUGUUCUGAAAUUGCACGUCAUACACGUCCAGGCUCUUUAAAAACCUGUGUAUACGAAGGUGUGAGGGAUGCGUCUCUUUCAAAUUCACCUGGAAUAGAUAUCAGUGAACUUGUCAAUGCGGACAUCGUACUGACAACAUAUGAUGUGCUUAAAGAGGAUUUAUCACAUGACUCUGAUAGGCAUGAAGGUGAUCGACACUUCCUGAGACUCCAGAAGAGGUAUCCUGUCAUUCCAACUCUUCUUACCAGGAUAUUUUGGUGGAGAGUGUGCUUGGAUGAGGCUCAAAUGGUGGAGAGUAAUGCAGCAGCAGCAGCAGAAAUGGCUCUUCGAUUGUCUGCUAAGUACCGCUGGUGUAUUACAGGCACUCCAAUACAGCGCAAACUUGAUGACUUAUAUGGACUUCUAAGAUUCCUAAAAGCAAGCCCUUUCAAUAUAUCUCGUUGGUGGACUGAUGUUAUUAAAGAUCCAUAUGAGAGAAGAGAUGUAGGAGCUAUGGAGUUUACCCAUAAGUUCUUCAAACAAAUCAUGUGGCGUUCUUCAAAAGUACAUGUUGCUGAUGAGUUAGAACUCCCACCUCAAGAAGAAUGUGUAUCUUGGCUCUCCUUGUCAGCUAUUGAAGAGCACUUUUACCAGAGACAGCAUGAAACUUGUGUUAGUUAUGCUCGCGAAGUUGUUGCAAGUUUGAAAGAUGACAUUCUUAAAAGAAAAGCCACAGGCUGUCCACCUGCUAAUGAUUCAUAUGAUCCGUUCAUUACCCAUGCAGAGGCUGCAAAGCUACUCAACUCACUCUUGAAGCUUCGGCAAGCCUGCUGCCACCCUCAAGUGGGAAGUUCAGGGCUGCGUUCUAUGCAACAAUCUCCCAUGACUAUGGAAGAAAUAUUAAUGGUCCUUAUUGGUAAGACCAAGAUAGAAGGGGAAGAAGCUCUCAGGAAGUUAGUUGUUGCUUUAAAUGCAAUUGCUGGGAUAGCUAUGAUUGAGAACAACUUUUCUCAAGCUGUAUCGUUAUAUAGAGAAGCACUGUCUCUGACUGAAGAGCAUUCUGAAGAUUUCCGCCUAGACCCUUUAUUGAAUAUUCACAUUCAUCAUAACCUUGCUGACAUACUUCCAUUGGUCCCUGACUGCUCAUCUCAUCUCUCCUUAAACGGACAACAGUUGCAUGGAGAAAAGGCCUCUAAGCUGCACACACUUGAAGAUUGCAACAUUAAUGCUGUAAAGAAACAAAAAGUUAGUGGAGAAGCCAAUUCAGUUUUCACUGCUGAUGCUGGGAAUAUUUUAUUUGCAUCAGAAGAUAACUUGCAUGGUGGCAUGGGAGGUAGUGAUAAAUCUAAAGUAUUCUCUAGAUCUUUCAGCGAGGGAUCUCUACGAGCAUCAUGUGAAGAAUUAAAACAAAAAUAUCUAGCUGUCUUUACUGCAAAGCUCUCUGUGGCUCAACAAGACUUCAAAAAGUCAUACAUGCAGGUUUGUAAUGCAAUUAGUAAUGAAGAAAAUCAGCUGUCAGCAUGGUGGUUGGAUGUUCUUCAUCAUGCUGAGCUGAACAAAGACUACUCAAGAGACUUGAUAAAAAAGAUUGAAGAGGCUGUCUCAGUAACUCUAAACAAUUCAAGAUCAUCCAGAAUCGCAUCACACUUCCGAAGUGUUACUGCUUUAAAGUACCAUAUUCAGACUCGCCUUGACCAGUUGGAAACCUCUAGGAAAAUAUUGCUUGAUCGGAUUUUGGAAAUUGAUCAGACUAUGGAGAAACCAAAGGAUGAGGAUAUUGAACGUGUAAGAUACUGUCAAAUUUGCCAAGCUACUGAUGAUGGUCCUACAUGUCUUCAUUGUGAACUAGAGGGAUUAUUUAAGGAUUAUGAGGCAAGACUGUUCCGACUCAAUAAAUCACAUGGAGAGAUUAUUACAUCUGCAGAAGAGGCUGUAGAUUUGCAGGAAAAAAACUCUGCACUUAAUCGUUUCUACUGGAACUUAUCGGGGACAAAUAAGAGUACAUCAUCUACUGAUGUUAACAAAGCUUCAAAGAAGAGAGAUGCCGGAGAAAGAAUAGUGGUUUCAAAGUCACCCUCGGAUUUAGAGGUUGUUCUUGGUGUUAUAAAGAGCUAUGGCAAAGUUCAGUUAGGAAAGCACGGUAUGUCAGCAGCCAGUAAGCAGCUACACAUUUUGGAGGGCAUGAGAAAGGAAUACAGCCAUGCCAGAUCCUUAGCAGUUUCCCAAGCUCAACUCCUGUGUGCCCAUGAUGAGAUUAAGAUGGCGACCUCGCGUUUGCACCUAAGAGAGAGUGAAGAUGAUAAUUCAAUUGAUGCUUUAGGUCCAAAUGAAUUGGAGUCUGCUAGUGUGAUACAGUCCACUGAAAAGUUUAUUUCCUUAACCUCAUUGUCACAAAUAAAAGGGAGGCUUCGAUAUCUAAAGGGUUUGGCAUCCUCCAAACAGAACUCACCAGCAAAAAGUUCAAGUUCCGGGUUACCACAUGGAAUAUCUAGGGCGACAUCAUCUAGAGAGAAGAUAAAUGAAGACCUUUACAAAAAUGAAGAGGAAGCAUGUCCAAUCUGUCAAGAAAAGCUCAACAAUCAAAAGAUGGUUUUUCAAUGUGGACAUUUCACUUGCUGUAAAUGUUUAUUUUCCAUGACUGAGCUGCACGAGAAAAAGCUCCAACAUAAGUGGGUAAUGUGCCCAACCUGUCGGCAGCAUACAGAUUUUGGAAAUAUUGCUUAUGCAGAUGACAGACAUGACAAAUCUUGCAAUCGAGCAGCAUUAAGUACAGUUCAAGAUUAUGAAAAGAGUGAAGUAUCUUUGUCUGUUCAAGGGUCAUAUGGAACGAAGAUUGAAGCUGUCACGAGAAGAAUACUGUGGAUAAAAUCUUCAGAUCCUGAAGCAAAAGUUUUGGUUUUCUCAAGUUGGAAUGAUGUCCUUGAUGUGUUAGAACAUGCUUUCAAUAGUAAUGGUAUCACCUAUAUACGGAUGAAAGGAGGCAGAAAAGCACAUGUUUCCAUCAGCCAGUUCAAAGGACAGGCAAUGAAUGCGAAAGGAACCCAAGGAGUAGGUGGCGAAAUGGAAUCGCCAAAAUCAGCUCAAGUGUUGAUGCUCUUAAUCCAACAUGGCGCUAAUGGUCUUAAUCUCUUAGAAGCACAACAUGUUGUUCUUGUGGAGCCACUACUUAACCCUGCAGCUGAAGCACAAGCAAUUAGCCGGGUACACCGAAUUGGGCAGGAAAAGAGAACACUCGUCCAUCGUUUUAUAGUUCAAAACACGGUGGAGGAGAGCAUAUAUAAGCUGAAUAGGAGCAGAAAUACCAAAUCUUUUAUAAGUGGCAACACAAAAAAACAGGAUCAGCCACUUUUGACACUCAAGGAUGUUGAGUCCUUAUUCGCGACAGUAGGAUCUGCAGUUCCAGAAAGUGGUGAAGAGGCGACUGAAAGUCUUAGACAUUUGCCUGCUUCUGCGGCUGCUGCUAUAGCAGCUGAGAGGAGACUAAAGGAGAAUACAGCAUGACAUUCUUUGUAACGGGGAUGCUAGUAGAAAACCACCGGAAUGCAACUGCAAUAAAGCGAUCUUCUGGUCAUCUUACAUCUGACAGAAGCUCUUGAUCAUCCCACUGUAUUUGUAGGUUCUCUAACCAAACUUUUGUUUGCAGCUAGAAUGUUAGUUUUUUGGUGUACAUAGGCAAUCAUUAAGUCCUCACUAACAGGUAGGGAGACUAAUGUAGAUUGUAGCUUAUUUAUCGGGAAAAAAAAAUUGUAGCUCAUUGUAGGCAACUGAUUCAUCAAUUGGUAAAUUAGUAUAAUCUGUACAUUGUCAAAUAUAAAAGGAAGCUUUAAUCACUCAGUACUUGCUUGUCAUGGAAUGGAAAUGCUGCAAGUGUCAUGCCAGGCUUUGGAUACAUAACUGUGCUGUGCAUACUAAUACAAAUGCCAGUGUUUUUCUUCUUUACUA